AAUUUCAAUAUAUCGUUUAAGAUAUUGAUGCAUCACUCCAGCUGAUGUGUUUUGAUAGGCAAGGAAAUAAAACCAUAUUUAUGUUUAUAGUUUUUUAUUUUUUAGUCAGUUUUAUGUUGGGGGCCAGCAGAGCAGAUAAUGGGGGGCGUAUUUUCUACACAGGUUCCUGGGCUGCUGUGCGGCUUUUAUUCAAAAAUCACCAUUCCUGAGAGCAAUCUGACCUGAUCGGGCAUUUUCACAAGCAGACCGAUCGACAAGACUCAUGUUGGGAUAGGAGUUCUAGGCUUUUGGGCCAGUUAUGGCUCAUGGACAGAGGCCAGGAACCAUUACCCAAAUAUUAGCCUCCAGUCCUUCCCAGUGCCCCAGUCCAGCAACCACAAACCUGAGCCAAGAGCAGCUCGAGACACCUGGACGACCACCCAGCAGCGUGAAGGAUGGUAGCGAUGACUAGCUGACUGCUCCUGCUUCUGCAAACCACCAUUACAUGAGUUGUGAGCCUAGUCCUGAGGACAUGGAGGACACCUGCUCUGAUUACGAUAACGUGGGCUCUGAUGUCGAGCAGGAUUAUAAUGAGGUGCUGCACUUGAACAGAGAGGGUGUGGUGGAUGUGAGCUACUAUAAGCAGUACUGUCCUAAGGAUGGUGGAUACAUUAAACAUGUAGUAGGUGAUAAUAUUAAUGAUAACGGCAGCACUGCUGACCACUUCACGUCUAGAUCUCAUCAUAGCACAGACAUAUGUAAGGGAUCACAGUCUGACAUUAAGCCUCACCGGAUGGGGCAGCGCUGUAGGCCUCAUUGUGCUCCAGCUGCUGGGGACGGAGCAGAGAGGAAAGUGGAAAAGGGCCUCGAAAACCGAUUCUUCUUUAGUGAUGGUGAUGAGCUGGAAGAAGUGCUUGAUGGGGCGAAAUUUAUAGAGGAUUUAGAGGAGGCGGACAAGAGACCAGCUAGCCUUCAUCAGGGCAACGGGAAUGACAGAAUUAGAAAAGGAGGCGAUGAAAGGGAGAGAGAAGACGAGACUCGAGGCACAAGAAACCAGAAUAUGCAAGGAUCCAGUAAAAAGUGCGACUCUGCGUUUGUGGGCUCAAAGGUGAGGGAGAAGCAGGCGAAGGGGCGAGGGAGGAGGCAGACGGGAGCGGACACGGCGCAUGUUGUUUCCGGGAUCAAAGGAUGCGCAACCACCAGCGCCGACCAGCGGCCGAAGGCUUCGUCAAAGGACUGCAGAAGGACCGCGGUCCGGUCCAAAGCUCGAUCUGGUGCCAGCAAGCAGCACCCCCCUCCCCCGCCCCGCCACUCCCAUCAGCCCCCUGCCGACCCCCAGGGUCCUCAGCCUCAUAGAGAGAGCCCUCCUGUUCCCCGAAGGCCUAGUCCGUCCCCCGCUAACCGCCUGGACGAUGAACCCAGCGCCAUCAAACCACCCCAACAACAGAGCGAGUCCAUAGAGGAGCCCAAGCAGCAGAGCGAGAAGCUGAGCGCAGAGGAGGCGCCAGAGGAGCUGGGGAGGCCUGAAUGCCCCGAGGCUGCCCCUCUGGAGGAGAGCAACACCCCCCAGAAAACACAGGAAGCUGCUUCUUUCCCCAGCUUUGAAGAUGUCCCAGGUCCCUGUGAGCCAGAGGACCUGAUUGAUGGCAUCAUCUUUGCUGCUAACUAUCUUGGCUGCACUCAGGUGCUGUCUGAUAAGAAUCCAUCCAAGUCUGUCCGCAUGUCGCAGGCCCACGAAGCUGUCAGUCACAUCAAGGGCCAAGAGGAAGACUCUCAGAUGAUGACAGAAGUGGACCUGUUCAUCUCCACCAAAGCAGUCAAAGUGCUGAAUGCUGACACACAGGAGACAAUGAUGGACAGCGCCUUGCGUACUAUCUCCUAUAUUGCUGACAUUGGCAGCAUUGUGGUUCUGAUGGCACGAAGGCGCAUGUCUCAGGCUUCGUCCGAGGAUUUCACAGAAUCCCCGGACUCCGCCAGCGAUGGGAAGAGUCAGUACCAGAUGAUCUGCUACGUCUUUGAGUCAGAGGAUGCGCAGCUCAUCGCACAGUCUAUAGGUCAGGCUUUCAGCGUGGCCUACAGAGAAUUCCUGCGAGCCAACGGCAUCAACCCGACCGACCUGAGCCAGAAACAAUACAGUGACAUCAUCAACUCACAGGAAAUGUACCACGAUGACCUCGUGCAUUUCUCAAACUCAGACAACUGUAAAGAGCUGUACGUGGAGAAACAGAAGGGCGAGAGCCUCGGCGUGGUGAUCGUGGAGUCCGGUUGGGGCUCCAUUCUGCCCACAGUCAUUCUGGCCAGUAUGCUGAACAGCGGCCCAGCAGCUCGCUCUGGGAAGCUCAGUGUUGGCGACCAGAUCAUGUCCAUUAAUGACACCAGCCUUGUGGGGCUUCCACUGGCCACCUGUCAGGGCAUCAUCAAGGGUUUGAAGAAUCAGGUGAAGGUGAAACUGAGCAUCGUCAGCUGCCCCCCCGUCACCACUGUACUCAUCAAGAGACCGGAUCUCAAGUUCCAGCUCGGCUUCAGCGUCCAGAACGGCAUUAUCUGCAGUCUGAUGCGGGGCGGCAUCGCAGAGCGAGGCGGCGUUCGCGUCGGACACAGAAUCAUUGAGAUCAACGGGCAGAGCGUCGUUGCUAUGGCGCACGAGAAGAUCGUCCAAACCCUGUCUGUCUCUGUGGGUGAGAUCAACAUGAAGACGAUGCCCGCUGUGAUGUUCCGGCUGCUGACGGGUCAGGAGACGCCUGUCUACAUAUAGAGGCCCCGCGCGGAUCGGCCCGCCGGAGUCCUGUGUGUCUGGAUGUGUGAGAACGAGGGUGGGGCGAUGGACGGGUGGCUCCGUGGGACGAGGACAGUUUAUUUUUCUAUCAUUUUAUUUUCCAGCCUCUUGUUGCAGUGGUACGAAGAACAUCCAGUUCUCAUUUUCAGGUUUUAUCUUGAAUCGUCAUAAAGGCCUUACAGUACGAUGUGAACUGUCAUGUCUGUAGUACUGUACGUGUUUCUGGUGUUGAAGAGAAGUAGCUUUAAGGUCAUGAUUAUUUUCUUAUGAAGAGAUAAAUUAGGACAUUUAUUUUUUAUUUAGUCAUUUUUAUAAGGUGUAUGGACUUUAAAUGUACUUCUACUGUAAAUACUUUGGACUACUCAAGGACUUGAUGGGAAAGGCCAUAUUACUCCUACAGUAUAUGCAUGUUACUAUGAAGAAUUACUGUCCAGGGAUUCAUCUUCAAUCUGACCUGAUAAUCUAUAACAGUUAAGUAUAACAAGGAAUAAUAUUAAUAUGCUGUACAAAGGCAAUGAACUAAGUGUAUGAUGGUGACACCGAGGGCUGUUCGUUACCUUUAUUGGAGCGUAUUGCGUAAGAAUGUAUGUAAAUAUACAUUAGAGUGAAUGUGAUGUGAAAACACGCUGAGAAACACGCUACUGCAGAACAA